AUGUCCAAUGAGCGGAUAAAGGCGCUUAAGCGCAUUCUCAGCUCUACUUUAGUGAGCAAAAAGCGGCAGAGCCUAAGCACUAUCCGCACGCGAGUUUCCACAGUCGUAGAGGAGCACGCCAAGCGACAGCCAGAGCAGCAAGCGGGUCGAAGAUUUGUAGACAUACCUAUCGGACAGUUGCAAUUUCGAUAA